AUGUUUUUGGAGGUUUUUCAGAAGCUUCAAAUUAACAUACCUUUUGCUGAGGCACUAGAGCAAAUGCCACUCUAUGCCAAGUUCCUAAAAGAGCUCAUGACAAAGAAAAGAAACUGGAGAGAAAAAGAAAAUGUAGUGCUCACAGAAGAAUGUAGUGCCAUUAUACAAAAGAAGCUUUCCCAAAAGAUGAAGGAUCAUGGCAGCUUUCAAAUCCCCUGCAUCAUAGGGGAUAUUAGCAUUGAAAAAGCAUUAUGUGACUUAGGAGCUAGCAUCAACCUUAUGUCCUUGGCCAUGAUGAAGAGAAUGAGAAUUGAAGAGGCCAAACCAACAAGAAUGGCACUUCAACUAGCUGAUAGGACAUUAAAAUUUCCCCUUGGAGUAGUGGAGGACUUGUUGGUCAAGGUGGGAGAAUUUAUCUUCCCAGAUGAUUUUGUGGUGCUUGACAUGGAGGAAGAGGCUAAUGCAUUAAUCAUAAUAAGGAGGCCAUUCUUGGUAACAUCUGGGGCUAUAAUUGAUGUACAAAAGGGAGAGUUGGUCCUAAGACUGCAUGAAGAGAAGAUGGUGUUCAAUAUUUUUACUGCCAUGAGUUAUCCAAAGGAAUCCAUUGGAGAGUUCAUGAUGGUAGACACAAUGGCAAAGCUGGUUCAAGGAGUCCUAGAAGAAGAUCAAUGUGAAGAAGCAAUGGAGCAAGAUCAACAAACAUCAUGUGGUGAACUACCACAAGAAAUCAUAGAAGGCUCAAUCAUGCUAGACAAGGCAAACAAAGAGAAAGUGGAAGCACCGAAGCUGGAGUUGAAAACCCUACCCCAAGCUUGA